GGGCUUUUGAAAUGGCUACGUGUCAUAAAUCCGCAUGGCUGUGGGAUCCGUUCCCGGUUUUCCAAUGAUCCGAUCUGAAUUCCUGGUGCUUGCUUUCUUUCUAUCUCUCUCUCUCUCUCUCUCUCUUUCUCUCUCUCUCUCGCUGUCUGAUCAGUAAAAAAAUAUCUCCGAACGUCCGCACUGACUCUCGCCGUCUACCUCCACCUUUACGCACAAUGUCUAGGCGGACGUGCCCGGUUUCGAUUUUUUCCAGCUCGGGGUCCUUUUAAUCUCGAGGAUAUGGAUUGACUUUGAUUUGACUCCGCAGCCUGUUGAAGUUUUAAACCGCGUUCCUCCGGCCGAUCGCGUCUUCCCUUUCGGCGAGCUUCAUGUUUCCAGCGGCAACUUUCGGAAGUGACUCGUUCCGGAUGCGUUUGCGCUACUGAACCGACCCGAGCGCUCUAUCGGACGGAUUUUAAACACGGAUCGCGUCCGAGGCUUUUGGCACUUCUUUGACUUGUGAUUAAAGUGAUGGCGGAGCGGCUGCUUGUCGCGGUUUUCUGCCUCACGAUCACGCUUUCGCACGCCGGGAAAGGGUCGGCAGUAAGAAAUUUCAGCCCGUUCUGGUUCUCCACUGAGCCGUCGGACACGCUAGCCGUGCGGGGCGCGCCAGCUCUACUCAACUGCUCAGUCCAAGGUGAGACCUCUGCCAAGAUCGAGUGGAGGAAAGAUGGCUCUUUUCUCAACCUGGCGUCGGAUGAGCGCAGGCAGAUCUUGGCUGAUGGCUCUCUCCUCAUAACCUCCGUGGUUCAUUCCAAACACAAUAAACCCGAUGAGGGGGUUUACCAGUGUGUGGCCACUAUAGACACCCUGGGCACCAUCAUUAGCCAUACUGCCAGACUCAGUGUAGCGGGUAUACCGCGGUAUCUCAGCCAGCCUGAAGCGGCAUUGGUUCGGGUGGGUGACAAUCAGGUGCUAAACUGUGAGGUAAAUCCAGACCUGGUGUCUUUCAUCCAGUGGGAGAAAAACAAAGAGCUUGUCCAGCUGGAUGAGAGGGUCUUCGUCCUGUCGACCGGAGCUCUCGUCAUCAGUAAUGCCACAGAGACGGAUGCAGGAUUAUAUCGCUGUGUCAUAGAAAACGCUGGGCCCAUCAAGACCAGCGAGGAUGCUGAAAUACAGAUACUGCCUGAAACGGGGGAGGAGAGAAGUUUGGAGUUCCUCCACGAACCUCAGAUCGUUUCUAAAAGCAUAGGCGAGGCCGUGCUGUUCCCUUGUGUGGUGAUGGGAUAUCCCACAGCCUCCGUCCGCUGGAUGCAUAAAGACCAGCUCAUUGAGGAGAGGAAGGGCCGCUUUGAGGUGCUUGGUGGGGGAAGUCUGCAGAUCUUCAAUUUGACAGAGGAAGACGCUGGCAUAUACACUUGCCAGGCGGACAAUGUCAACGCGUCCAUUGAAGCCCAGGCUGAGCUCACAGUGAAAGCUCCCCCACAGUUCCUGAAGAAACCCACCAACAUGUACGCUCACGAAGCCACGGACGUCGUGUUUGAAUGCGAGGUCAGCGGCUCUCCCGCUCCCACCAUCAAAUGGGUGAAGAAUGGAGAUGCCGUCAUUCCCAGUGACUAUUUCAAGAUCAUUAAGGAGCAGAACCUGCAGGUGUUGGGACUGGUCAGAUCAGAUGAAGGUUUCUAUCAGUGUUUAGCUGAGAAUGAUGUAGGAAACGUGCAGUCUGGUGCUCAGCUCAUCAUUUUGGAUCCAGAUGUGUCCAUCCCUACAUCCCCUCCCACCUCACUGACCCGUUCCACUACUGACCAUCUAAUGCCAGGCUCCAGAAGCAGCGCUGGCCCCACUCCCACCGCCCCCCGCGAUGUCGUGGCCUCUCUGGUCUCCACCCGCUUCAUCAAGCUGACCUGGCGCCUUCCGGCCGAGCCACAUGGAGAUGAUGUCACCUACUCUGUUUACUACAGCCUGGAGGGCACUAACAGGGAGAGGACCGUCAACACAAGUCGUCCGGGUGAAAUGCAGGUCACCAUUCAGAACCUCAUGCCAGGGACCAAGUACAGCUUCAGGGUGGUGGCCCACAACACGAAUGGACCUGGAGAGAGCUCGGCACCUCUGAGGGUCGACACCCAACCUGAGGUCCAGGUGCCAGGACCUGCUCCCAACCUGCAGGCGGUGGUGACGUCCCCCUCUACAGUCAGCCUCAGCUGGGACGUGCCUCUUACGGGCAACGGCGAAAUCCAAAACUACAAAGUUUACUACAUGGAGAAGGGUUUUGGCAGUGAGCAGGAUGUGGAGGUGAACGCGUUAUCCUGCACCAUGACUGGACUUAAGAAAUUCAUGGAGUACAGUUUUCGAGUCGUGGCUUAUAACAAACAUGGCCCUGGAGUUUCUACUGAGGAUGUGUCAAUACGGACCUACUCUGAUGUCCCCAGUGCCCCUCCACAGAACCUGAGCGUGGAGGUGCUCAAUUCUAAGAGCAUCAUGGUCCGGUGGAACCCGCCUGCAGCAGAUGCUCAGAACGGCGACAUUAUCGGCUACAAGAUCCGUUACAGGAAAGGAGGGAGAAAGAGCGAAGCGGCGGAGACAACUUCAGGAUCACAGCUGUCUCAUCUUAUAGAGGGGCUGCAGCAAGGAACAGAAUACAUGGUGCGAGUGUCGGCCAUUACUGUGAAUGGCACAGGUCUGGCCACGGAAUGGAUGACCUCUGAGACCUUUGAGAGCGAUCUUGACGAGACAAAAGUGCCAGAUAUGCCCAGCUCCCUCCAUGUGCGGCCGCUUGUCAACAGUAUUGUAGUGAGCUGGACCCCACCAGAGAAUCAGGACAUCGUGGUGAGGGGUUACAUUAUCGGCUAUGGGAUCGGCAGCCCUCACGCACAGACCAUUAAAGUGGACUACAAACAGAGAUACUACACCAUCGAGAGCUUAAAUCCAAGCUCACACUAUGUGAUCACACUGAAGGCCUUCAACAACGUGGGGGAGGGCAUUCCAGUGUAUGAGAGCGCCAUCACACGACCCCAAUCAGACCCCAUAGACCCUGAUGUUGAUUUGUACGAACUUUUCCAUGCUCCAUACACUCCAGUACCAGAACCUUUACCCAUGCUGCCUCCCGUGGGCGUUCAGGCGUCCGUCCUGAGCCACGACACCAUCAAAGUCUCCUGGGCGGACAACUCGCUGCCCAAGAACCAGAAGAUCACAGAUGCGCGCUAUUACACGGUGCGCUGGAAGACCAACAUACCUGCUAACACAAAGUUUAAGGUGGCUAACACCACCACCCUGAGCCACACAGUCACGGGUUUGAAGCCCAACACCUUGUAUGAGUUCUCAGUCAUGGUGACUAAGGGCAGACGAACCAGCACCUGGAGUAUGACAGCUCAUGGAACUACUUUUGAAACAAUUCCAAGUUCUGCACCUAAAGAUGUGACCGUAGUAAGCAAAGAAGGACGACCGCGUACCAUCAUAGUCAACUGGCAGCCGCCUUCAGAAGCCAAUGGGAAGAUCACAGGUUACAUUAUUUACUACAGCACUGAUGUAAACGCAGAGGUUCACGAUUGGGUCAUCGACCCUGUUGUUGGAAACAGACUGACUCACCAGAUUCAGGAUCUCACCCUUGAUACCACCUACUAUUUCAAGAUCCAGGCUCGUAACUCUAAGGGAAUGGGUCCCAUGUCUGAAGCUGCACAGUUCCGCACACCGAAAGCCGAAUCCUCUGACAAAAUGGCUAAUGACCAAGCGCCUGGGAUAGUGAAACCAAGACCUCACACACCAGAGCAAGGCUUUGGAUCAGGAGUAAAACCAGAUAUGUCUGGCACCGGUGAUAAUCACAUACUGGUUAUUGUCAUCAUCGUGUCUGUGGGGGCGUUCACCAUCAUCUUGGUGGUGGUUGGAGCUUUUUUGUGUACACGUCGCUCAUCCACACAGCAGAAAAAGAAACGUGCGGCCUGCAAGUCUGCCAAUGGAUCCCACAAAUACAAGGGCAAUUCCAAAGAUCUGAAGCCACCGGACCUCUGGAUUCACCACGAGCGCCUGGAGCUCAAAGCUGUUGAUAAAUCACCCGAACCCAACCCCGUCAUGACCGACACGCCAAUCCCCCGAACUUCUCAAGACAUCACACCAGUGGACACCGCAAUGGAUCCCAUGCUCCAGAGACGCAACUCCUACCGCGGCCAUGAAUCAGAGGACAGCAUGUCUACCUUGGCAGGCCGCCGGGGAAAAAGACCUAAAAUGAUGAUGCCCUUUGAUGCUCAGCCCCCUCAGCCUGUGAUUAGCGCUCACCCCAUCCAUUCCCUCGAUAACCAUCACCACCAUUAUCACUUGGGCAGCCUGGCCUCGACGACACGCGGCUAUCUACAUCACCAGAGCAGCCCGCGGUCCAUCGCCACCCCCAUCUCUCAUCUAGACAGGGCCGAUUCCACAGAAUCGGUACGGAACACGCCCAUCGCCGACCUGCAUCCCCCGUCGGGCCAGCCCUCCUGCGCCACUGACCUCUCAGAGACUGACAUCAGCUACCACAGCUCAGCUGCAGAGGACGAUCCCAUGUUUACGACUCCCACCGCUCACGUUCGGCCCACACACGCCCUCAAGAGCUUCGCAGUGCCGGCCAUACCAGCCCACUCUAUGUACGACUCUUCAGCACUGCCCAGCACUCCACUGCUGUCUCAGACAGGGCCACACUCCGUUAAGACGGCCUCUAUCGGGACGCUGGGAAGAACGAGGACUCCCAUGCCUGUCAUAGUUCCAAGCGCUCCAGACGUGUCAGACAGCAGCAGACAUUAUGAGGAUUCUGGGAGCUACCAUUGACCAUCCCCCUUAAACCCCAUCUACCCCAAAAACUCCAGCUCGCCCCACCCCACCCCCCCGCAGUAACCUUCUUCCUCUCCAACAGAACUACGAGACGGACGAGUUAACGGAGGAAAUGGCCCAUCUGGAGGGUUUAAUGAAGGACCUGAACGCCAUCACGACGGCCUGAACGUGAACCUCAACUGUCACAGUGAGGACGUGCAGCACAGAGUUCUCAGUCAUUCGCUUAAUGGAGAGAGGAAGAACUUUGCUUUCUCCGGGGAAGGAAAAAACACAUCAUGAGGGACAGUGGACGUUUUGAGAAAGGACAACUAGUUCCUUCAUCAGAGGACAGAAAAAUUCAGCCAUUCUAAAGCUUUUCCUUUUGUUUCAACGGAGACAGUUUGAAAAGACAUUUUAUUAUCCUGUGAAAAAAAGGAAAACGACGAUAUGCUGGUGUAAGUGUUGGUGCUACUAAGGCACAAUUUACAGUGUUUUAUUUGUGUCAUUUCUUUGUAUGUUUUUGUACCUAUAUAUAUAUUGCCCCCGUUCCAGUGAGGUGAACGUUGGAAUUGUCCUGUUUAUUUUCUCAUUUUGUAUUAAGCAUUUUGAUUGACGUCUCUUUCUCUUUUGUAUGACAUAUAAUGUGCCAUGUCUUAUUUUCUUAAACAUGUUUUGUAUUGUUUUUAUAUGCAUAUACACUCAUCAGUUUGUAUAUAUAUGUUAAUAACUGACUCAUUUUGUCGCCAUGGCGAUUUUUCUUGACCCCAUGACAGCUUCUGUUCAGUCAGAGAAAGGCCGCUUUUUCUUUUGUGGUUUGAAUGGAUUUUGCCUUCGGUAAUGUCAUUUCUCCUUGUACAUUAUGCAUUUUUUACAUGGGAGUUCCCUUCAGAAAUUGCCUUAUUAAAUUCACGGUAUGACAAAAUCAACUGCUCUACUCAAACUGUUUUCAGAACGUGUAUCACAAAGCACUGUGAUAUUUAUUCUGUAAUGCUGAACCAUCAGCUGUCACUUUGUACGUUGGUACCAACAGAAGACCUCCAUCGCUCAUGCUGUCAGAACCGGACUUCAAACGAUUGUUUGGUUCUGAAACUCAGAACUUCAGGUUGUACACAUUUAUAAAUGAUAAAAGUUUGGGACAGUGGAAAGUGCUUUGCAUGAUCUUUCAUGGAUUGCAUUAGUCUGAAUUCCAGAUGAGACACAAACUCAUUUAUUGAAUGAAUGACAUUCACUGUGAGAUUUUACUUUGUUUUAUAGCAAGACAACGUUCUUGGCAUGUAACUCAUCAUGUAGAACUCCCACUUCCAAGCUUUUGUUUCCCAUUAUGUUACUUGUAUUUGUUAUAUGAAGUACUUGUAUAGAAUUUCAGUGUGAAAGGCAGAACCCCAACUGUUACUCUCCUGCUGGAAAAGGUUUUGGUCUGUCCGUUUACCCAAAGAAAAUAUAUAACAGCAAUCAUUGGUUUUAAGAAAUUCACAUCACAUUUAACAUUUUAUUGAAUGUCAUUCUGACUGCAAGAAAUUUUGGGUAACUAAAGGAACAGGUUAAAAGCUUGAAAAACAGUACCUGUUUGGGCUAACCUGUUAAGUUGUUGACAGUCAAACCUUUAUUGCACUUUUUCAACAAUUUCAAGAAAAGAUAAAGAAAAAAAACAUUUUUACAUAUCCUGUGUUUUGAAUAUAAAGCUCUAUUUGUGUAAUUUAGUGUCAUAGUUUAGCCUAGGCAGCUGGUCUCAUGUUUAUUUGCCGCUGGAAUAAUAUUUGAGCGGCAGGUUUUACGGUGUUGCUUAUGCAGAAUUCUGUUGUUGCUUAUUUCUGUACAAAUAUCUUCUCGCUGUCUCUAGAAAUACUCUGUGGCUUUUUAAAAAAAUGUUUUGAAAAACAUUGCCUUUGUUGCCUCUUAUUUACAUGCUUCCACUUAAAAGCUCUUAAAUUUUGUAUUACCUAUUUUCCAGAUUACAUGAUAGGAAGUGUGCUCAUUAAUUGCUGUGCAUAACUUUAAUAUAUUAAAUAUUGAUUUUUGUUGUGGAUAAACUAGAGACAUGAUGCAUUUUAUUUGCAUUUUCAAACCAGAUUGCAGGUUAUCAUUAAAACACAUUUUAUGAAAUAAAGCACAAAGGUAACAUGUUUCAGUAAGACAGGACAACAACUGAAUGUCAGACUAGUCUAAACCACAGGUUAUAACCAAAAGAAUGACCAAAUCGAGUUCCUCAUCCAAAAUGACUCCAAACAAUGUUUUUGCAAUAUUUAUUGUCUCUUGAUAAAUAACAUCUAAACUCUUGGAGUUCUGAAGUUCAUUCCAAUACUUGGCUGGGUGACCUGCAGUUGUGAGAGGUUCCCGAAGUCC